AUGAGGGAGCGAGAGGCGAGCAACGUCGGCGAGACCUUGCGGAGGACGUUCACUGCGAGGUCGAGAGACGGCUGGGCCAUCCUCUACGGCGACAGCCCGAUCCACGUCUCGAAAGGCGGUCUUCGCGCUUGCUACUCCGCUUCGUGUUGCCUCUCGUUGGCCGGCUACACCAACAUCCUGCUCGUCAUGGCCUGUGUUUUUGGAUAUUCACCUCUUGAGCCGCAACGCAAACCACAGUAUCGACUCGUUCAGUUGAGGGACCGCGCCUUGUCGAAGGCGAAAGCGCCAACCUGGCCUUCCCAAGCGUUCGGACUCCGCAUCACCCUCUGCAUGACGCUCUACUUCCGUUGGGAGAAGGCAAGGCGCGACAAGCGUGAGGGAGUAGGGCCGGUGAAGGGUAUGGGGGCUCAAAGGAGCGGCGACUGCCUUCGAUCAGGCGGCUGA